GUUUGGAGUACAUACAAUUUCGGAUAGUUUUCAACAAAUAUCAUACAGUAGAGUUUCCUCCCACAAAAAGCAAUAGUGUCUUUAGCAUCUGGAUAGCGGACACGGCCAAAUGAGUGAGAAGGAAAAGGAGCGCAUCAGUCUCGAGGAGGCGAUGGCGCGUGGGCGGGAGGCGCAGAAACGGCUGGAAGAGCUUGAUAAAGAGGAACGUGCAAGGUUGGAGGCAGACGGCUGGGCACAAGACGAGGACAAGACAGAGGAGGGGGAUUCAGACGAGGAGGAGUAUAACUCGCUGAUAGCUGGGCUGUCCGAAGUGGCACUGCUAAUGAAGAAACCAAAUAUUGUGAAUGGGACUGGAUUCCUGUACGAUGAACGCUGCCUGGCUCACAAGAAUGAAUGGGACCCUGGGCACCCAGAGAAACCUGCCCGAGCCUCAUGUUCAUACGAGAGAUGUAGUCAGCUGGGGCUCGUUGAAAGGUGCACAAGAAUUGAGGCGCGGUAUGGUAGAGAGGACGAGGUUCUACUACAACACGACUUUCCACAGAUAGAAGCAUUACAGGCCACGUCGGCGAUGACGGUAGACGAACACAAAGACUUGGCUCGCCGAAAUGAGGAUGUCUACUUUAACCAGUCGACAUAUGAGUGUGCUCUACUUGGUGUUGGCAGCACCAUUGAAGUGAUGGAGUCAGUGCUUAAAAAACAGGUCAGAAAUGGAUUUGCAUUAGUACGGCCUCCCGGUCACCAUGCAUCGACGGACGCAUUCUGUGGGUUCUGUUUCUAUAACAACGUGGCCAUCGCCGCUAAACAUGCUCUUGAUAAUCUUGGCCUCAACAGGAUUCUGGUCGUAGACUGGGAUGUCCAUCAUGGCCAGGCCACACAGAGACAGUUUUACAAUGAUAACAGGUUGCUGUAUAUAUCCAUCCAUCGAUACGAAUAUGGAAAAUACUGGCCUAAUCUACGAGAAUCAGACUAUGACUAUAUAGGGAACGGGGAUGGACGUGGCUUUAAUGUCAACAUCCCACUUAACCAGACUAAGUUGGGGGACAGUGAUUACCUCUCCAUAUUCCAACAGAUCAUCAUGCCGCUAGCCUACCAGUUUAACCCAGAGUUGGUGCUGGUGUCGUCAGGUUUUGAUGCUGCUGUUGGCUGUCCAGAGGGCGAGAUGUUAGUUACACCAGCAGCGUAUGCCCACUUUGUACAUAUGAUGUCCCAGCUUGCCGAGGGGCGUGUGUGCGUCGUGUUGGAGGGUGGUUACAACCUAAAAUCGUUAUCAGAAGGUGUGGCCCUUAGCCUCCGGGAGCUGCUAGGGGACCCCUGUCCCCUUCUUAAAUCUACACAGGAACCAUCUGACAGUGUGGUGGAGAGUAUUCUGAAUGCCAUCAAGGUUCUAUCACCGUACUGGUCAUGUCUGGCCUACCAAACCAGUCUGAUGGAGGGAGACUUGUGCACAUUCCCGGGGGUUAACACGACGCCUCCUUUGGACGGUGUGGAGUUUAUCACAGACAAAUCUAACGCAGUGUAUGACCUAGAUUAUUCCUACCCGUACUCGACAGUGCAAGAGUAUUUCGAGAAUGAGAAAAAAUGGGAUGACACGAUUGAUCACCUUAUUGCAGAGAUGUCCCUUGCUGUUCCACCCCACAGGACAUGCCUAGUGUACGAUGCCGGCAUGAAGGCACACAGACCACUGGAUUACCCGAACCACCCAGAGAAGCCGGAGCGUAUAUCCCGGAUCUAUGAUAAACAUCGGGAACUGGGCCUGCUGGACAGGUGCCUCCUUCUUAAGUGCCGCCUUGCUGAAGGUCACGAGCUGGAGUUAUGUCACACCUCAAGCCAUGUGGAGUUUAUGUCGGACCUUGAGAACCGAGAUCUUGAUGUGAUCAAGCAUUACCAGUAUAAACAUAACUCUGUCUAUCUGUGUAGGGAGACGAAUAUAUGUGCGAAAAUGGCGGUCGGCGGCACGCUAAAUGUCGUGGACACAGUGCUUUCUGGGCAGUCCCGGAACGGAGUUGCAAUAGUUAGGCCGCCUGGUCACCAUGCAGAAUGUGGAACACCCAUGGGCUUCUGUAUGUUCAACACUGUUGCAAUAGCAGCAAAAUAUGCCCAGAAACAACAUGGGAUUAAGAGAGUUUUAAUUCUUGACUGGGACGUUCACCAUGGUAACGGUACACAGCACAUGUUCUAUGAAGAUCCCAGUAUCUUGUACAUAUCCUUACACCGAUAUGAUGGGGGCUUCUUCUUCCCUGGGUCUCAAGAUGGCGACUUUACCAGAGUGGGCAAGGGGGCGGGGCUAGGAUAUAACGUGAACAUACCCUGGCACUAUGGCGGCAAAGGGGACAACGAGUAUUUGGCUGCAUUUCAGCAGAUUGUUAUGCCGAUAGCAUAUGAGUUUGCCCCGGAUCUGGUGCUGGUAUCAGCUGGGUUUGAUGCUGCUAUCGGAGACCCUCUGGGUGGCUGCCUGAUAACGCCAGCAGGAUAUGGUCACAUGACCCACAUGUUGAGCGGGCUGGCUGGUGGGCGUGUCAUACUGGUGUUAGAAGGUGGAUACAACCUAGUGUCGAUUUCAAACUGUAUGAGUACAUGUACGUCUGUGCUACUUGGGGAUUCCGUGCCUCAGUGGACAUACAAGGAACCACAGAAUGUCGCUGUUAUGACAAUCUGUGACGUGUUAGACACACACAAAAAGUUCUGGAAGUCUCUUAAAUUCAGAGUUGGAAUCCCUAAGAUAGAGGAAGAAGAGGAAAAAAAGAAAUCCAAGAAAUCCAAGAAAAAGAAGCCAAGUGCUAGUGAUACGUCUGUAGAAGAUAGCUUGGUAAACCUUACAGAAAACCUAACAGUUCAAGAUGGUGCAAGACCAGCAGUUAAAGACGAGUGUUUCCUUGUUGCAGAUAAGCAAGCAGAUGUUACUUAUGAUAGUGGUAUUUCAUCUGUGACAGACAAGACUCACUUGGCAACAGACGAGAUUUCCAAGGUUACAGACGACGGUUCUAAGAAUACAGACGACAGUUCUAAGAAUACAGACAACAGUUCUAAGAAUACAGACGACAGUUCUAAGAAUACAGACGACAGUUCUAAGAAUGCAGACAACAGUUCUAAGAAUACAGACGACAGUUCUAAGAAUGCAGACAACAGUUCUAAGAAUACAGACGACAGUUCUAAGAAUGCAGACAACAGUUCUAAGAAUACAGACAACAGUUCUAAGAAUACAGAUGAGAUUUCAGAGGUUACAGGGGAGACUCGUAAAGAUCCAGACAAUAGUCUACAUACAGAUGAGGCUGUACAGGGAGCUUGUGGGGGAGCGGAGGGCGGCAAUCUAGUCUCCAAUACUGAUCUUCUCACGCAAUUAGGGAUGCAGGGUGUCCAGGGAAUGUAUGCAGUACAGCCAUUACCAUGGUGCAAGCACCUACAGCAGGUGGCGCCACUUCCUGAGGGUGGUCUAAACGUUGAUGAUCCAUGUGAUGUAUGCCAGAAUAGGGGAGAGAACUGGGUCUGUCUUUUAUGCUAUAAGGUGUUCUGUAGCAGAUAUGUAGCGGGUCACAUGGUGAGCCAUGGAGAGGAGGCAGGUCAUCCGCUUGUCCUCAGCUAUGCCGAUCUGUCAGUUUGGUGUUACCAGUGUGAUAAUUAUGUAGCCAAUCAAGUCCUGAAGCCAGCCAUUAGCUCGGCCCAUAAGAGCAAGUUUGGCAACGAGUUAUGAUAAACUCCUUUAUAUGUUUGAGGAGAGGUCAGCGCACGUGUGUUGCAAUUAAAACACACUAGUUGUUAUUCCACUGAAAGUCAACAGUGAAUAUAGUCUGAAAUUUUAUUAUUGUUAAGCAUUUAGUCUGAUUACUUUAACUGCCUGUAGUCCGUACAGUUGAAUAAUUUAAAUAUUAUCCUCUUUUUAAAAGCGCAUGCACAUAUGUGUUAUAUUAUUUCUCAUUUCAUUAAAGAAAAUCUGUCCAGACCAAUAAAUGUACUCUUAAAGCUGCAUACACACAGAUUGACAGUUUGGACCUUUUUUUCUUUCUUUUUUUCUCGGAGUCAGCUGAUUUUGGUAUCAAUGCCUUCAAUACAGUCCCAUAAGAAUAAUAGAACAAAUCUCAAUUAAUUGGAAAACAGCCGAAAAAAGAAGCGUCGGCGUCACACAUUGGUUAAGGUUUUUGCCUGUAAGCACCUUUAGGUCAUUAUCUCAGAAAAUACAUCAUCUAUUGCAUUGAGACUUUAGAUAUGUAUUCCCAACUAUCUAACCUACUAAAUUAAUGAAGUUAGAUAACACUUACUUGAAUAUAAUGCAAAAAAUAAUGGGCCUUUAUUAUUUGACUUAGAAAUUCUGGUUUUGCAUGUAAGCACACAUACAUGUAGGUUAAUAUCUCAGCAACUACUUGAUGUAUUGCAUUGAGACUUAUGAAACUAUACAAUGGUACUCAACCAUCCAAUCUACUUAAAUAACCAUGUAAGAAACCUCUAGUUUGCAUUAAAUUCAAGUGUUUUUUUCAUUAAAGGCUGAAUGAUUUUGAAUUUUACACAAAUAUUCGCAGGCAUCAUAAUCUAAUUUUACAGUGAUCCAUGCAUGUUUCGCCAAAACUUUUCAAUCCUUACACUGAAAAGCGGCGGAAUAGUCGAUUCCUAUUUUUUCAAACAUAAUUACAUUUAUAUUAAAGGUAUACUGUAGCAGAUUUAAAUUUGCUUUUCUGAGUCAGAGUCUCAAGCACAGACUCAUGAUGUUAUUUAAUACAGGCUGACACAGCUGAAAAUGUUCACUUUAUAAUACUGUUAUGAGAAGAGCAAUACAUUGUCGAACUGGUCAUAUAUUGUUCAGAUAUCAUUUUUUACGAUUAUUUACAUCUCUCGGAAAUAUAAAAAAAAUGUCAAACUUGGACUCAGAGAACCCAGUAUAAAAUAUGAUUUUGUAUUCAGAUGUUAAUAUAGCUGUUUGCUUAUGUAAAUAAUACUAUACGAAAAUGAAUAAAUAAAAAAAGAUACACACACUAGUAAAUUGCCUUU